GAGCUGUCGGCAGUGAGAUCAUGGGAGAGUCCACGCUUGGAGAAAGUAGGUUAGCAGGGUAGACUGAGAGGAAAGCAAGCGUAGAGUCAGAGCGCAGAGGGGGGGUACAGAACACCUCUCGUCGACCACCGUGGGACUAUUCUGUCAAAAGAAGUUGAGACAAAUCUGUUCCCCGAGACUGUUACGAUGCGAUCCAAAGCGACUUUCUUCACUCUUUUAUUCCGCUCGGACAUGACCGAGCGAUAGAGGGAAAGGAGUUUCGGGUAGUUACUCUUUUUUUUUGUUGGUCGUGCUUUACGAGAGCUGUCUGCAGCCGGGACGAAGUUAAUAUUUACAGAGCCAGCUCACUCUGGCUCCUGCGCUUUUAUUCUCCUCCUGUCCUGACACCUACAUUAACCACAUGUAGCCGAGUUCCCAUCGUCCAGCACAGGAAGAAGAAAACAUCCAAAAUGAGAGUGGCUCUGGGCAUGAGCAGAGAUGCGGUCAAAUUCGGUCGUAUGUCCAAGAAGCAGCGCGACAGUCUCUAUGCCGAGGUGCAAAAACACCAAAAGUCCCAAGAGUGUGUGGGCUCCGGAGGCGGGGGCUCUACUGCUUUGUCCUUACCCAAGGAGGAUGGCAUCUGUGGCGGUAGCGGGGAGGACGGUGAAGAAGGUCUGAGCCGGUCCUACAGCACUGGGGGCUCCAGUUCCACCCUUAGUGACCUGGAUGACAUUGCGGCGCUGCCUGACCUGUUUGACCUGCCUCUGACCCCCGAGGAGGCCAGCGAGUACUGCAGCCUGGAGCUGCUCGGUGGAGGGACCAGCACUGGGAACACCUCCAACUCAUCGUCCUCUUCUUCCUCUUCCUCAUCCUUGUCCAAUCAGAAUUCCCCACAGCAGACGAUGCUGGACGGGGCAGAUAGCAACGGGAUCCAGCUCCUGCAUACACACUCUCACACACAUCUGCUGGGACACACACAUGCACUGCUGGACCAUCUGCCUGAUGACUGCUCUAUAACAGACCUCGAGCGCAUCACUCAGAGUAUUGUUAAGUCUCACUUAGAGACGUGUCAGUACAGCGCUGAAGACAUGAAGAGAUUCACCUGGGUACAAUACACACCUGAGGAAACACGUGCUUUUCAAAACAAGUCAGCUGAGUGGAUGUGGCAGCAGUGUGCACACCACAUCACCAAUGCCAUUCAGUAUGUGGUUGAGUUUGCCAAACGCAUUGCUGGCUUCAUGGACCUUUGCCAGAAUGAUCAGAUUAUAUUGCUGAAAGCAGGCUGUCUGGAAGUCCUGCUGAUACGCAUGUGCCGAGCUUUCAACGUCAACAACAGCAGCAUUUUCUUCAAUGGAAAGUUCGCCCCAGCACAGUUCUUCAAAGCACUUGGUUGUGACGACCUGGUCAGUGCAGUGUUUGACUUGGGAAAAGGACUCUGCCGUCUCCAGCUGUCUGACGAAGAGAUGGCUUUGUUUAGCGCUGCCGUCCUUCUAUCUCCUGAUCGACCCUGGCUAACAGAAGGCCAAAAGGUUCAGAAACUCCAGGAGAAGGUCUACCUGGCUCUUCAGCACAGUCUACACAAGAGUGGUGCUUCUGACGAGAAACUGGACAAGAUGGUGUCCAAGCUGCCCGUAAUGAAGUCUAUCUGUAACCUCCACAUCGACAAACUCGAGUUUUUCCGUUUGGUCCACCCAGAGACCGCCUACAGUUUCCCACCACUAUACCGGGAAGUUUUUGGCAGCGAGAUGUCUCUUCCAGACUCCACCGACAGCUAGACAGACAGAUAGACAAAGGAGAGCGAUGGACAGAGUGUAUUAAGAGGUAGGGAAGCAAAAGGAGAGACAGAGUAGGUUAGAGAUGUUGAAGCUCAACAACCAGCAGUUAACGAGACAAUCCAGGACUUUAAAUACUCCGUCUCCCAUGAUCCCAAAGUAGUCCUCCACUUUCCCAGCAGGCCAAAGCACCUUACACUACAGACCACACAUGCUCAUGGUCCUUUGCAUAUUGUAGCAUUAACAACAAGCGAAUGGGCGUCGUAAGAAUAACACAGCAGCCCACCAAGCACUAAAGCUCAGAGCUCUAACGCUUGUUGAACAUCAGAUCCACUGUGGAUCACCCAACCAGUUAUGAAUGUACCUCAUCGAUAAGCACCAGUGCACAAGUCAGAACCUAACAGUGAAUGUACAGCCCUGCCACUCUCAGACAGAGUUUUACACAUAGUAUUAGAAUGAAGUCGUGUUGAUCAACGGGUCUCACUAUUAAUACAGCUCUCGGUCAAUAUUUCUGUCUAUAUUAAUACAUCUCAGUAUGGUACGCAUGCGUAUUCAUACAGACAAUAUCUUUGUACUGACCAUCACUUAGGGACCAAGAUCAUGAGUCAUUUCCUCUAAUAUAAAAAGAAACACACAAAUACGAUAUGACUCACAGCUUUAGGCUGACCUCCUUAAUCAGCUGAGAAUCAGUUUCACACACAUUUAGACAGUGUUCGGUGCUGCCUCUUUGUAGGCUCUUGUAAUGCAAUGAAAAACCUCAGUCCCACACACCCCUUUCCUUGUAAAUGCCACUUAGAGACAGGACAAGAUGAAAUUAUCUUUAAUUUAUAUACACAUUUAUAAACAAAUAUUUUAAAUAAGAAUGUAAAUAGAUGACUAUAUAAGUAUAUGGAGAGAGUGUGUGAGAGAAAGGGAGAGAAAAGUGGAUAGUAAGAUGUGGAGAGGGAGAAAAACAAGAUGGAUACUUUGAUGAAAGCUGAUAUUUGGACUCAGAUCUUUUUCUGGACUAUUUCCUCUCUUGACAGUACUCUCAGGUUUCCAUGGCAACAACUCCCUCUUGCCCCGAUGGCUAACUAACCCAGCUGGGUGAGGUGCGGUCAUCACGCAAGCGAUGGGGUGGACACUUGUUGCCUGUGCGACACAGCAGGGGAGGCAGGGUAACCAAACAAAGGCGAAAUGACAUUGCCUUUGUGUUGCAUUUAAACUGAAAGCUUUCGGCCUGCGCUGUUGCUGCACCCCCUCCCCAACCCUCUUCCCCCACGCCCCAGGCCUCCUGCCUAAAGAGACAAGAGGACACGAAGGAGAAGAGAAAUCAAGGCAAAAGAUGACUUCAUGAACUGUAUAAUAAAAGGGGACACAGAGGGUCUCCCCACCUGUUUCUAACCAGCAGUCAGUACAGUAGGUGUGGUAUAAUUGUCUUUUACUCAUAAUGUUUCAGUUGACCAGAAAACAACGAGGAUCCAUAAUAUGUAUCAUAAACCCUCCUUGCUGGUUGGAGCAACUGUAUUAUUUUGUACAUUUGCUGUUCCUCUCUCCUUUAGUCCCACACCCAACACUCGUCCGAAUACCAAGCACUUAUACUUUCCUCUUUCUCACUGGACACUAGUCUUAAGGCUAGACAGAGCUACCAGCUGCCCCCCUGAGUUGGGCCUCAAUGCCAGUAAAAAUUAAUAGUUUUCAAUCAAUCUGUUUUGUUUUUGUUUUUUUAAUUACCAUAUCUGUCACACAAAGUCACCCAUAACUGUUUACAUUUUUCAUGUACUUAAAUAACAUGCUUUCUAAAGGAUGUUAUAGCAUUGAGAGGAUGAUGAUAAUGUCUUACUCGGGGUGCUGUGAAGUUUUUGAGCAGAGUCCGAGGACCUGCUGCCUACCACUCAGGGAGCUAGCUGUGAUCUCUUGUCCCUUUAUUACCAGUGUCGUCUUUUAGCCUUGUGCUCCUCACACCUUUGCACCUAAGAUGAGACCCAUAACCAUAAUCACUGUGGACGUAAGUUCUAUUUUUGUGAAUGUUACUCACAAAGUGUCAAAGCCCUUUCCCGUUUGUCCUAAUAUUGUAACAUUAAAUUUUACAGAGACAUAGGAAUUUAAAAAAAAUAAAUCAGUUAGAGUUAAAGAUGAAUUUCAUUAUUGGGGUUUAAUGUUUCUUUUGCUGUGAUUUUCAUUUAUUUGUCAGUCUAUCCACCUUUUUCUUUACAUGUCUCCACUUUUGUCUUGUAAAGUCAGUGAUCUAUUUUUUUUAAUUGAAGAAAGAUUAGGUAAAGUACAAACAAAAAAGAAUAGUUUGUCUCCCUUCUCUUUCCCUGUAUGACAAAAUGUACAAGAGGUAUAUUACUAGUCCAAGAGUAACUGAGUCACACAGCGCGAUAUAUAUUGUUGUCCAAUGGGAUACAUUAUAUGUGGUUUUAAGAAUGUAAUAAAUGGUUUCUUUUUCUUUUGAAA